AUGCCAGCCAUCGAUGCUUUGGUAGCUGAAGGGUCAAAUACGGUCGCGCCAACAACAAGAUCAAACCUCCUAGUCAAACGGCAUUCCGAAAAAGCAAAACUUCCAACGCGAGGUUCUGCCUUGGCUGCGGGCUACGAUCUUUACAGCGCGGAGACCAGGACGAUUCCUGCAGGGGGAAAAGCACUUAUCGACACUCAGGUAUCCAUUGCCGUCCCUAUAGGCACAUAUGGUCGCGUGGCACCUCGUAGUGGGUUAGCAUCAAAGUUCAUGAUCGCUACGGGCGCGGGCGUCAUCGAUGCCGAUUAUCGAGGAAUCGUCUUUGUCUUGCUAUUUAACCAUUCUGACAAGGAAUUUCUUGUCUCGGAAGGUGAUCGAAUCGCGCAACUGAUUAUUGAGAAGAUCGAAACGCCUGAGCCCAUUGAAGUUCAGGAUCUUGAGGAAACUCUCCGAGGAACUGGGGGGUUCGGCUCUACCGGAGGACAUGGUGGCCUCUAA